AUGUAUGCCCAUAGCCACAUAAGAUGCAGUCAUUGGCGUAACUGCUCCAUAGCAGCUGUGACUCGACAUGCGUUGAACGAUGCGAAAGAAGAUUUAGACAAGUUGCACAAGAUCAAGGAGCUGUCUUCGGCGAAACUCAGCCCGCAAGAACGCUGGAGACGAUACUUUGUUAUUUUCAAUGCUGGGACCGAGAAUGAUCAAAUGAAUCACCCAUAUUGGGUCAAUGCAGAUCCAGAAGAUCAGGUAAUUGAUUUCUUGAGGAACACGAUAGACCAAUCGAUGUCCGAUCCAGAAUCAGUACAGGCAUUGAGAAAGAUUCACCGAUACUACGAAAUGUUGAUGGUUAAGAGGCAGAGAGACAUCAAAAUCAGACUCAAAUGUAAGGAAGUGACGGCAGCUGCGAAAAGGCAAGAACUCGAAGAGUUACAAGCAUCUCAAUCGAUGUUCAAAUCCGAGUUCGAGGCGCUCGUUAGGGGUGAUCUGGAAUCGGCAUCCAAUCCUACGGCACCCAGCGCCAGUCAGCAUCACACCCUUCUGGGGCUCACGACGCCGACUGGAAUGUCAAUGCAACGAUCGUACAGCGGGAGAGGCCCAGAUAUGGAUAUGAAUAAUCUCGAUUCACAACUUAUGGGCCCCUUGCCGGAUCCUGGCAGUGUGAUGAAUCAGACAGAACCUCGGUUCUUUUACGGCAACACCUUCUCCACAACACAACAAGCAGUCGAUGAGGUCAUGACGCGUACAGAGAUAGCUAUGGAUCCUGCUGCUCAUUCUAACACUACCAGCUCCUGGGGACACGAGCAGUGGUACGACCAGCUGGUAUCGACAUUGGGCUGGCCGAUACCUGGUGCGCAUGCUUCUGACACCGGUAUCGGUUCCAGGAGACCAAAUGCAAACCCGCCAGUUAGUUCGGCCAACUCUACUGAGGAUAACCCCCGAAUGUCCCUUUUCAAUCACUAUGUGACGCCGAGCGAAAGCACCUCUCCAAUGGUUGACCCGGGCUCUGUUGCAAAUGCUUCUGCUUCCUUCAAUGGCAAUGCGAGUAAUGGGCAAGCAUACGGGCAUAGCUAUCCCUUUGCGAGGAAAUAA